CCCGGCCCUGGCCCAGCCCUUAUCUGAUCCCAGCUUCAGGUUUAAGAGUCCUGGUCCCGACAUCGCUCCGCUCCUCCCUCCUGCCUGCCUCGUCCGUCAGUUCGUUCCGCUGCCCACCUAGGGGCCACUACUUCCCGGACCCAAGAUGACAUCGGUCGCCAAGGUGUACUAUAGCCAGACGACUCAGACAGAAAGCCGGCCCCUGGUGGGCCCGGGCCUGCCGCGGCGGCGAGUGCUGACCAAAGACGGCCGCAGCAACGUGAGGAUGGAGCACAUUGCCGACAAGCGCUUCCUGUACCUCAAGGACCUGUGGACGACCUUCAUCGACAUGCAGUGGCGCUACAAGCUUCUGCUCUUCUCUGCCACCUUUGCAGGCACCUGGUUCCUCUUCGGCGUGGUGUGGUACCUGGUGGCUGUGGCGCACGGGGACCUGCUGGAGCUGGGCCCCCCGGCCAAUCACACGCCCUGUGUGGUGCAGGUGCACACGCUCACCGGGGCCUUCCUCUUCUCCCUCGAGUCCCAGACCACCAUUGGUUACGGCUUCCGUUACAUCAGCGAGGAGUGCCCCCUGGCCAUUGUGCUUCUAAUCGCCCAGCUGGUGCUCACCACCAUCCUGGAGAUCUUCAUCACGGGCACCUUCCUGGCCAAGAUUGCCCGGCCCAAGAAGCGGGCGGAGACCAUCCGCUUCAGCCAGCAUGCGGUGGUGGCCGCCCACAACGGGAAGCCCUGCCUGAUGAUCCGAGUGGCCAACAUGCGCAAGAGCCUCCUCAUUGGCUGCCAGGUGACGGGCAAGCUGCUUCAGACCCACCAGACCAAGGAAGGCGAGAACAUCCGGCUCAACCAGGUCAAUGUGGCCUUCCAAGUGGACACGGCCUCUGACAGUCCCUUCCUCAUCCUACCUCUCACCUUCUACCACGUGGUGGAUGACACCAGUCCCUUGAAAGAUCUUCCCCUCCGCAGCGGGGAGGGGGACUUCGAGCUGGUGCUGAUCCUAAGCGGGACAGUGGAAUCCACCAGUGCCACCUGCCAGGUGCGCACUUCCUACCUGCCGGAAGAGAUCCUUUGGGGCUACGAGUUCACGCCCGCCAUCUCACUGUCGGCCAGUGGCAAGUACAUAGCUGACUUUAGCCUUUUUGACCAGGUUGUGAAGGUGGCCCCUCCAAGUGGCCUCCGUGACAGCACCGUACGCUAUGGAGACCCUGAAAAGCUCAAGUUGGAGGAGUCACUGAGGGAGCAAGCGGAGAAGGAGGGCAGUGCCCUUAGCGUGCGUAUCAGCAACGUCUGACGCUGGGUUCCCCACCUCCCGUCCCUCUGGGCUCUUGCUUUUGGCCCCCUGGGUGGGGGACGCCACCCAGGCUCACUGGAGGGCCCCAGAAGCACCUUCUCCACUCCCUCUCCCUUACCCAGUGGCCAGCAGGUAGUCGAGGCCAAUUGGAAUCCAAGUUCCCUCCCCCUGUACCCUUUCACCACUUCCACCCCAUAUACACACACCUCCCUUAGGCCAGGAUGGGGGAAGAGAGGGAAGAUUAGGCUGCAGUGGCCCACCAGGCCUCAGCCAUGCUUGGAGACGUACAUUAGGAGGACCACGCCGUUGGACAGAUAGCCUCCCCCCACUGCCCGCGACUGCCAGGAAGUUCCGUGACUUGAAGCUGGAGCCCCCCGUCUCUAACUCCCCAGCUAGCAAGUUCUCUAAGGCGAGACCCUCUCUGGUGGGCCCCUUGAGGUCUGUGCCCUCAGAAAUAUAGGAAUCUGGAAUCAAGUAAUCCAAUUUAUCCUACCAGUCCUUGGUGAUAGCAGUUUUUCCUGGUGUCGCUUGUUUUUGUCGGCAUCAGGAACCUGGGGCUGUGACCUAAGACCAGGGUCAGCAGGAUUGUCCUUUUCUGCAUUCCCAAGUGGACCCUCUCCUGGGACAUUCACUCUGGGGGCACUCCUGGAAAUAAAAAUCACAGCCCCACACAGCACCCUUCCUGGGCUCCGAACUCUGCCGUGGAGAGUGAUGCCCCAUGCCCUGCCUGUCUUCCAGGCAGCCCUGGGAGGCUUGGUUUCCCGUGUCCUGGGAAUGGGAGUGACCCUUGUGAGUAUGUUCCCCUGAAGCAGUUCAGUGCCCCGGCCCAUGGAAAGAUCUGAAACUGAUGCUCCACUGUGCUUAGUUUCUCUCCUCCGUUCCUGCCCAACCCCAGCCCUCUCUUCCCUUAACUCCAACCCUUUGCAAGGAUCUCCCUCCCUUAACACUGAGGCACAACUAAGAUGAGACUCACAGGCAGGGCACGGAUUCACCAGGACAAGUGUGCAUGCCCCACCGAGUGGGAUGAGUGGAUUUUCGGAUUCCCAGACUGCGUUCCAGAGCCUCUGGGAAUCAGGGCUGCUUUGUUCAGGUUUGGGCAGACAGAGCUCUGGCUGGCAGACACUAAUCUCCCUGCUGCUCCUCCCAGCACCUCCGCAUUGUGCCAAGCCGCUGCAUCGGGCAAUGAUGGGAGGAAUGGGACCCCCCGAUCCAUGGCUAGUGUCCCUCAGCAGCUCCUGACACAGGGAUAAAUGACUGUCAGCCUCAUGCUCCUCUUCUGCCAUUUCAGGCAAGUUAGAAGGCGCCAUUUAGGAUUCGACUUGAGUUGUUUCUUGCUCCCUGGAGAGACUAUCAUAGGGAAAGGAAGGGCAUACAGGCACUAGAACUUUCUCUAAAGCCCUAAAUCGCAACAGAGAUUUUUCGUCUCAUCUAGUCACCAGGGAGCUCCUGGCAUCCCUCAAAAUCACAUAGAGUGGUAUGAAUCCCGUGGCAGUUUAUUGAGGGGGACUGGGUCACCUGUUAGAAGUUCCACACUUGGAAUAUGCACACAUGUCUGUGUGCAGGGCCUUGCAGAGAAACUGACAGGAGUAGGGGUCUGGACCCAAGGUCACCCCUUACGACGGCUGCACAAGCUCCUUGAGCUCAACUCACUGCACCUUGAAAAUGAAGACGCUUCAUUCUCCGCUUCUUGUAACCCCCAUCAUUACUCCAUGGCUCUCAAGAAAACCGGAACCAGAAACACUUUGAAAACCCAAAAUAGAACAGAGGGCAGAGCCAGACCCUGGGCCCUCCAUUGGUUCCACGUUACACUUUCUUGAUUUCUUCCCAUGCGUGAGGGCAAAGGUACUGUGGAGUGUGUUUAUGUGUAUGCGAUGUGUCUUAUCUAUCCAGUUUCUCUGCACACAGGGGCGCCCCUCCCAAGGAGUCACUCCCCUCCGGCCCUCUGCUGUCUAUUCUCAGCCCCCAGACUCAGACUGUUGGAUAACAGAAUGAGAAUAUUUUCUGACUUAUCCUUUCGAUUUUCCUCCAGAACCCCAGACUUCGCUCUAAAUUGCACUUUAAAUCACACAGUCUUUUAAAUAUUCUCCCAGGAGCCCUCCCCGAGGACAAUGCCCCCCACCCUCAACCCUACGGGCUCUUCAGCCUACGGCCCCAUCUCCUCUGAGCAAUCAGAUGAGCAUGAGAAGCAGCUGGGUCUGAGGAGCAGCGGACACCUGGCCACAACCAAGAUACAGAAUGCCAGGAGGGCACUGGGCACAGGGGCAGGGGGCACUUCAGAUGAGGGCAGAACAACCGAGGGGGAGGAUACUCAGGGUGUGACGACGAGACAGGCCGUGCUGAAGGACUGGGUGGAACUGAUGAAAGCCUGGGUGUUUCUUGGGUUGGCAGACAAGAGGUAGGUGGUGGCUCGGGGAUUUGGAUGUGAUACAGAUGAAUUGUUUUAUCUAAGGAGGAGAAAGAAACAGAGAUAAUAUAUAUGUACGUGUAGAUAUAUCUAUAAUGUAUAUAACCAAACAUAUUGACUGUACAGUGGAAGAAGUCUGAGACCCCAGCAACGGAGGCAGGUGUUUCGGUCUGGUUCUAAGGUUGGACUCGCCAGACUCUCAGCCAUGCAGCCAGUGGUCCUGGGCCCACUGUGGGUGUGAGAGGCCUGAGCAAGACCUCCAGGUUUGAUGAUGGGAAGGGUGUGGUGGUGGUGGAAGCUGCUUUUCAGAAAUAAAGAGGCAUUCACGAGGCUUCUGCCAACAGACAAGGAAGCAGGGAGACUGGAGAGAUGUGAGAGGGGAGAAACGCCACCCACAAGUGCUAGAACCUCUAGAACCUUAUUCUCCUGCUCCCGUCCCCAGCAGUGUCCUGUCACUAUAGCACUUUUUGUUUUAAAAUAAAGCACUCUUCUGCUUCCUUUUCUUGAAGUCCAUGAUAUUUGCCCUGUUUCAACAGGGACUGCACGCCAUCUCCUAGAGGUGACGGCUGUUUAACUAAGCAGCUGAGACUCUCCUCUUUGGGUGGCACUGAGGGGAAGCCCCAACCCUAGAAUCCAGACACUAGGAUUAAAGAGCUGUUGGGCCUAAGAUGCUUCCAAGGCAGAGGCCCAGCCUUCUGUGUGUGGCAAGUAGCCGGAAGAGAAUGCCUCCAGGUUGAAAUGUGGAUCCUGGCCUUUGAGCAGGGGAGGGUGUGGUGUACUUCAAUUUUGACAGCACUAGGAAAAUGAGGAGUGGAGGCUUGGUGCCUUGGGGUAAGGGGCCUCCUCUGGGCUUCACUCAUUAUAUUGCCUCUGUCUGCUAAUAAGACCAUCCAGAGGUUUCCCUCUGAGGCCUCUCCAAGCCAGGGGCAUACCCCUCCCCAAGGCCACCCUGCUGGUCCUUUACCCCUCGAGCUAAUCUAGUUCAUGUGUAAAAUAACCCACUCCCUUUGCUGUGAAGUUAGCAUGGGCCUCAGGCUCAAUAAUGGCCAAGUCUGUGGAAGCAGAAGUAUCUAGGGAUGGCUUUUCCAUUCGUUGCAUUAAAGACUAAAACAGGUCGAAUUUAUCUAGGAAUAAAAAAGGCACGUGAGAUGUUUUGGUUUAUUUUAUUUUUGUCUGUUCAGAACAAGCUACUAAAUAAAAUG